AACACUCGACGACCCUGGAGGUCAUGGCUUCCCCGCUGAAGCUGGAGCAGGACGUGCAGGGGAAAGUAGAUUCAUUUCGGGCCCGCAUCGCCCAGGAGGCCGAGGAUCUGGUGUCCACCUUCUUCCCUCAGAAGCUGUCAGAGCUGGAUAGUUGGGUUCAGGAGCUCUGCCUGCAAGACCUAUCCAUAAUACGUUCGGUGCCAGCCCCAGAGACCCCCGUCUCCCCAGACACUGCGGGGGAUGGGCCCAACCGGGAUCGGCUGCCUCUGCAGACCCAGUCCUCCAUCAAAGUACUAGUACUGCCAGGCGGCGAGGGGCAGCUUCUGCGAAGCAACCAGCAUCUGGUGGAGCUGAUUCAGCACGUAAAACCCGAGAUCGAGCUGCUGAGAGAGAAAUGCAACACCGUGCGGAUGUGGGUGCAGCUGCUCCUCCCAAAGGCGGAGGACGGCAACAACUUCGGAGUGUCUAUCCAGGAAGACACCGCAGACCAGCUGUGGACCGUGGAGAGCACAGCAGCCUCCUAUCUACGCCGCUUCUCCACCUAUUACAACACCCAGGCCAAGUUGGUAUCCAAGACAGUGAAAUACCCCCAGGUGGAAGAUUAUCGCCGCACUGUAGCCGAGGUCAACGAAAAGGAGUACCAGAGUGUGCGCCAGAUCCUGCUCCAUGUACGGAACCAGUAUGCCACCUUGCACGAUGUAACCCUCAAAAACAUUGAGAAGAUCGAGACCCCUCGGAGCACCAACACCGACAACCUAUACCGAGGACCUUUCUCCACCCCACUUUCCUUCAGGAGUUGGCUGAGCUGUUCAGGCAGCUGGAAGGCUGGUUCUUGAUGACUCUGCAGGUGAUGAAACGACUGGAAAUGUGCGUUACUCUUUAGUGACAGUUUCGUAUAGCUUAUCCUCAUACUGAAUCCUCUUUUGGUGUGAUUUUUAUUUGAUUUUUCUUCCAGGAGAGAGAAUGGGAAGAAGCCAUCUGGUAGAAGGUAGUAGGGUUGGACAGGGAGAAAGGACUGCCAUUUUUAAAAGUAGCUUUGUAGAUGAAUGUUGGCCAAGGUUUCUUUUUUUAUGGCAUUGGUGACAUUGAAUGGUUUCAGGGGUUAAUUAAAAAAACCCUAAAGUUUAAAAGAAAGUUAAAUGAAGGUUUUCCUAAGGUUCCACUCUAUGUUACUUUGUUCAAACGUCAGAAAUUCUCCAUUUAUACCAUCAUUUCUUUUUUGCAAGAAAAGGAGUUUAAAGGGAUGUGUUUAGGUCAUUGUAUGCUUUCAAUUUAACAGAUUGAAAUAAAACUUAGUUUUACCGUAUUUUGAUGGCCUAAGUGUGCUUAUCUGAACUUUAAUUUUCAGAUGUAUAGUUUCCCUUCUCCUCAGCUGGACUCGUACCCUUGAUAUUUUUCAACUCUGAUGCGUAAGAAAAA